GAGUUAUAUUCUCCUUCAUUCCUUCACGGCUGCACCUACCCAACUCUUGGUUCUGCGAUGAAUGAUCCCAAGUAUGUUUAUCAUUACACUCAAGGUUACCCUCCCCAAGGUUUCCCUCCUCAAGGUUUCCCUCCCAAUAAUCCCUAUCACCCUGCUCAAGGUUAUUAUUAUCAUCAAGGGCCCCCAGUGAAUGCACCACCACCCCAGUACACUGCUCCGCCGAGAAAGGAAAACGGUUUCCUAGAGGGAUUCCGUGCAGCUUUGGGUUGCUGUUGCCUUUUGGACAACUUUUGCGGUGACCCCUCUGUUUGUUGUGCGUUCUAGUGAUUUGUUCUUAAGUUGCUCCCCUUCUUGGACAAUAGCCUCAAACUGUGAAUCUCUCAUUGAAAGUUCAAAAAAAUCUUUAAAGUAAGAUCCAUUGAAUUGCUUCUUAAAGCUGUAUUCCAAACCAUCUUGUGCUAUUCUAACGAUUUUUGUUUCUGGAA